GAAAACAAAUAAGCCACAACACUCUUUGCCGCCACUCAAAUAGUCUUAAACGGUCACUAUGUCCUCCAACUACUAUUGUGCUUUACUGAAACUCUGCAGCAAAGCUCGAGACCAAACCCAAGCUAAGAAGCUUCACUGCCACAUUAUUAAAGCCUUAGUGAACCCAGAAACCUUUCUCUUAAACAAUCUCAUCAUAACCUACGGUAAACUAGGCAACAUAGAAUAUGCACGCCACGUGUUUGAUGAAAUUCCCCACCCAAACCUCUUCUCAUGGAACACCAUCCUCUCAGCUUAUUCAAAACUGGGUCAUCUCUUGGAAAUGCAAGAGAUGUUUGAACGGAUGCCAAAUCAAGAUGGGGUUUCGUGGAAUUCGCUUAUUUCUGGAUACGCGUGCUAUGGUUCACUCGUGGAGGCUGUGAAGGUUUAUAGGCGGAUGUUGAAGGAAGGACUUGUUAAUUUGAAUCGGAUUACAUUUUCUACAAUGCUUAUACUGUGUUCAAAUCAGGGGUGUGUUGAUUUAGGCAGGCAAAUUCAUGGGAACAUAAUGAAAUUUGGGUUCCUCUCGUAUGUUUUUGUGGGUAGUCCUUUGGUUGACAUGUAUUCAAAAAUGGGGUUGGUUUAUGAUGCCAAGCGGGUUUUUGAUGAGAUGACGGAGAGGAAUGUGGUUAUGUAUAAUACUAUGAUCACAGGGCUUUUACGAUGUGGGAUGGUUGAGGAUUCAAGGCAGUUAUUUCAAGGUAUGCAGGAAAGAGAUUCAGUUUCAUGGACAACAAUGAUAACAGGACUUGCACAGAAUGGGUUGGUUAGAGAGGCGAUAGAGAUGUUUAGAGAUAUGAGGUUGCAAGGUUUAGAUAUGGAUCAAUUUACUUUUGGCAGUGUGUUGACUGCUUGUGGGGGUCUCCUGGCACUGGAAGGAGGCAAGCAAAUCCAUGCUUAUAUCAUUAGGACUGAUUAUAAGGAUAAUAUCUUUGUGUCUAGUGCUCUUGUUGACAUGUAUUGCAAGUGUAGAAGCAUCAAAUCAGCAGAAACAGUUUUCACGAGAAUGACCAGUAAAAAUGUUGUCUCAUGGACUGCAAUGCUAGUGGGUUAUGGUCAAAAUGGGUACAGUGAAGAAGCUGUUAGGAUUUUUCGUGAUAUGCAGAGAAAAGGGAUUGAGCCAGAUGAUUUUAGUCUGGGGAGUGUCGUUAGCUCAUGUGCAAACUUAGCAAGCUUAGAAGAGGGUGCCCAAUUUCAUGCUCACGCUCUUGUUUCUGGUCUGAUAUCUUUUAUUACAGUUUCCAAUGCCCUUGUUACACUUUAUGGUAAAUGUGGAAGCAUCGAAGAUUCCCAUCGAAUGUUCAAUGAUAUGAAAAAUAGGGAUGAGGUCUCUUGGACAGCGUUAGUUUCGGCAUAUUCACAAUUUGGAGAUGCAAAUGAGACGAUUGAUCUCUUUGAAAUGAUGCUGGCCCAAGGUUUGAAACCUGAUGGGGUUACUUUCAUUGGUGUUCUGUCAGCUUGCAGUAGAGCAGGGUUAGUAGAAAAAGGGCAUCAGUACUUUGAAUCAAUGAUAAAAGAACAUGGAAUCACACCACUUCCAGAUCACUACACUUGCAUGAUUGAUCUUCUCAGCCGAUCCGGGAGGUUAGAAGAAGCAAAAACUUUUAUAAAUAAGAUGCCUUUCCAUCCUGAUGCAAUUGGUUGGGCUACCUUGUUGAGCUCAUGUAGAUUUUAUGGUAACAUGGAAAUUGGGAAAUGGGCAGCUGAGUCACUUCUAGAAUUAGAGCCCCAAAACCCAGCGAGCUAUAUCUUGCUCUCAAGCAUUUAUGCUGCAAAAAGGGAAUGGGACAAUGUGGCCCAAUUAAGAAGAGGAAUGAGAGAUAAGGGAGUAAGGAAGGAACCGGGAUGUAGUUGGAUCAAAUAUAAGAACAAAGUGUACAUUUUCUCAGCAGAUGACCAGUCAAGUCCUUUUUCAGAUCAGAUAUACUCUGAGCUAGAGAAACUAAAUUGCAAAAUGAGAGCAGAGGGGUAUGUACCAGAUAUGAGUUAUGUUCUUCAUGAUGUUGAUAGGUCAGACAAGAUAAAGAUGCUUAACCACCACAGUGAGAAGCUUGCAAUUGCGUUUGGGUUAAUUUUUGUUCCUACUGACCUUCCCAUACGAGUAUUUAAAAACCUUAGAGUUUGUGGGGAUUGCCACAAUGCCACUAAAUAUAUUUCUAAGGUAACCAAAAGAGAGAUACUUGUAAGAGAUGCCGUCCGAUUCCAUUUAUUUAAAGAUGGAUCAUGUUCAUGUGGAGAUUUCUGGUGAUGCAAUUCUCUUUCCAAAAAUUUAUCAGUUGCAGAAAACAUCUUUGUUUCAGGGAGAGGGGUACUUGGAGAUGAUCAGGGAGAAAGAGAAGGGGACGAACAGAGGACCCAAGUCGCAAUCAGACCUGAUUCCUAGAUGUGUCAACCAUGAAAUGGGAUGUUACGGAAAAAGCAAUGAAGUGCUAGUGAAGAAGGCAAAUUUGGGAGCAGAGAAACCUUGAAGAGAAUAAAGAUUGAGUUGGGCUUCGAAUCCAAAAUGAUAUGUUGCAUGAAUCUAAGCUUGGAUUAAGAUUUGGGCCAGUAUGAGGUAGUUUCCCCUGAUGAUGUUGUACAAUAUGCACAGAUCAAAUGGCAAGCACAAAAUCUUGUAGAUGAUGUUGAAACAGAGGUUGAAUUGAUUCUUCAACUGGCUUAUCAUUGAUGUGAUGAAAAAUAAGUGAUGAGGUAAGAGAGCUGGCUGAUAAUUGACAUUAGACUACACUUUGAUUUCUAGCGUUUUUAGUGGUGGACAAGAACAAAGUAUUGGAUUUAUGUUGUCUUUUGCGGAACCAGAAAGUUCAGGCAUCAAAAUAAGCUCAAGAAAACAAGAUUUUUCUAUCUGGUUUAUGAUUGAUGUAAAGCACAGGAUCCAGAUUCUAAUUAUUCAUAGAUAUGUUUAUAUGUAUGUAGAACUUUAUUAUGAAGACCUAGUUUUGGGGUCUAGCUAGAGAGGGGGUUUGCUCAUGAACGUAGAACCAGUAGAGGAAGACAUCAGCUAGGGUUGUUGAGGGUAGCCUCUCUAACAUGAGCGGCGUCUUCUUGUUUUUCUUCUUCACCCACUUUUUUUGUUUUUUUUUUUGGUUUUUUUCAACAUGGAAUUUAGGACUGUAUUUGCUUGUCCA